AUGAACAGAACUGUUGAAAUCUCAAAUAAUGAGAGACAGUAUGUUCUUCAAGGACUUGCUAAUGGAAUCCGUACCGAUGGACGUUCGCUAGAUACAUCAAGAAUGCCAGAAGUGUGGAUAGAACCCAAUGAGUAUGGAUACGUGGAAGUGAAAUGGGGUAAAACUUAUGUUAGUUGUCGAGUUAGCAGUGAAGUUGUAGCCCCAUUUGAAGACCGUCCGUUUGAAGGAUUAUUUGUGAUUAAUAGUGAAAUCAGUUCGCAGGCAAGUGCUAUGUUUGAUAACUCCAAAAGUGGAGUUGACGAAGUAUUAAUUACUCGAAUGAUUGAAAAGGCUGUUCGCAGGUCCAAUGCUUUGGACUUGGAAAGUCUCUGUAUUGUUGCAGGGAAGAAAGUAUGGAGUAUUACUGUGGAUGUCAACUUUCUUAACUACGAUGGCAAUUUUAUUGAUGUCACUUGCUUUGCAGUGAUGAUAGCUUUGCAACAUUAUAAAAAGCCUGAUGUACUGGUUGAAGCUGGAGGAGAUAAGAUUAUUGUACAUCUGGUAGAUGAGAGACAGCCAGUUCCAUUAAGUAUUUUGCAUGUUCCAAUUUGUCUUACCUAUCUGUUCUAUAAUUUGGGUGAUAUCGAAAGUAACAUUAAGGGCGAAGGAACUGAAUCUCAAGAAGUGAGUGUUUUAGAUGCAUCAUUAACUGAAGAGUUGGUAAGAGAUGGAUUUUUGGUGAUAACUUUGAAUAAAAAUAGGGAAAUAAUUCAGAUUUCGAAAAAUGGAGGAUUACCUAUUGAUGCAUUAAAUUUAAUGCGUCUUAGUAAAGAGCUGAUGGAAUGGGUUGAUAAAUUGACGGAGGUGAUGAAAACUACACUUGUUGCUGAUGAAAAAGAACGAUACGAUAGACUCCAUUUGAAGUUGCUUGAAGUCGGUGCCAAUCGUUAA